GCUCAGACCGCUCCCUCCCUUCUCCCCGACGGAGCCCCGGCCCGACCUGGAACGCGGCGCCCGGCCCAUGGACGAGGAGGCCGAGAGCUUCUUCGGCCGCACCUGCCGGCUGCGUCCGCGAGACCUGGCGGCGUCCAGGGAGAGGCUCGACGCGUUCGUGGCCGAGCAGGUGCGGGAUGGCAGGCGCUGCGCCUUGGUAACCUCCGGGGGCACCAGCGUGCCACUCGAGAUCAACACGGUCCGCUUCGUCGACAACUUCUCGACGGGCACGCGCGGGGCGGUGUGCACAGAGGAGCUGCUCGGAAGCGGCUACGCCGUCGUGCUGCUGUACAGGCUGGGGUCCGCUGUCCCCUUCCUGUCGGGGCUCUACGCGGAGCUGCGGCAGGACCCUGUUGAGUUGCUGAAGGGCCUCGGUGCGGGGGCGCAGCUGGUGGCGCCGCCUCUAGAGCUGCAGUGCGGGCCAGGGUCGCUCACAGCAGCAUCCGGCCAUGUGCCCCAGCCGCUGCACCUGCUGGCCCUGCCGUUCACCACCAUAUUCGAGUACUUGUUCCUGCUGAGAGAGUCCUGCCAGUCUCUGGAGCGUGCUGGCCGCGGCGCGCUGCUGCUGCUGGCGGCCGCGGUGUCCGACUUUUACCUGCCGGAGGAAGACAUGGCAGUAGAAAAGAUACAGAGCCGCGCCGCUGAUGGCUUGCACAUCCACCUGCGGAACGUUCCCAAGCUGCUUGGGGCGGUGCGCUCGUGGGCGCCUGAUGCGCUGCUGGUUUCCUUCAAACUGGAGACGAACGCCAACAUUCUGGACGCCAAGGCCGCGGGUGCAAUCUGCAAGUACGGCGUCGAUGCCGUGUGCGCAAACCUGCUGCACAGCUACCGAGAGUGGGUGAAUUUGUUGCAGAGGGACCCCCACUCGUCUCGGAUAGAGCUUCCCACCCAGGAUGUCACUGGAGCAGAGAAGGAGCCGCUGGUGGUCCGUGGACUUCUCUGCGAGCGCAUCGAGAAAGGCCAGUGCGAUGCGUCCACAGAUCGGCCGCUAGCGCGUGCUGUCGUUCGGCUGCACGAAGCCCAUGUGUCCCGUGCAUCAUCUGAGCAUGCCAGCAAACGCCUGCGCACGGAUACGUAAGUGACCCUCUGAUCGGUGUGGUCUCACAGAGCUUCCAACGGGUUGGACUGACUCAGGGGUGCGCGGACCACUGGGAGCAGCAAGGAGCAGCGAGUGCAACGAGUGAGGACCAGAUGAGGAUUAUAAGGAUCAGGCACAAGUCAGCGCAGCACAGUGCAGUGCAACGCAGCGCACUGUGAGGCAGUCCGGUGCAUCGCAGCGCAGUGCAGUGCACGCCUCGUCGUGCGGCAGCGCCGCGGGGCCGACAAG